GCCGAUUCACAUGCGUUUUUUAUGCGAGAGAAGAAGGCAGGGGUAUCUCCAGGAAACAUCUCAUGGGGAAGCCAAUCAUAGAGAACAUUACAGACGCCAUCUAUGGCAGCAGGAAGACCAUCUGUGUGAUCACCAGGCGCUACCUGCAGAGCGAGUGGUGCUCCAGAGAGAUCCAGAUGGCCAGCUUCCGUCUGUUUGACGAGCAGAAGGACGUGUUGAUCCUGCUGUUUCUGGAGGACAUCCCGGCCCACCAGCUGUCUCCAUACUACCGCAUGAGAAAGCUGCUGAAGAGACGCAGCUACCUGAGCUGGCCGCAGGCCGGACAACACACCGGAGUCUUCUGGCAGAAUGUGAGGAGAGCCCUGGAGGCGGGGGACGCUGCCACCGACACCACCAACCUGCUCACUGGACCAGCACCCGGGGGGCGUCCCAAAGCAGGGAAGUUUGCACAAAAAGGAUGGGACGGCUUCACUUUCCGCGAAGGCUCUGGAUCGCUGUCAGAUGACCCGUCAGCGGCCGAAACAAACCCAGGACACAUCACUCAGUCCUGA